AUGCCAAUUUUAGUAAAAGAUUAUACCUGGUCACAAACAAGUGAAGUGGUGCACAUUAGAAUUCCUCUUAAUCCGGUUAAUCAUGAAAAAGUUGAUCUUUUCCCAACUAACAAAUAUAUCAAAGCACAUUUCAGUCCAUUUCUGUUUGAAGUAUUUUUAUUAUACGACGUAGAUAUUAAAAAAAGCAAAUGUCUGGUGAAAGAGGAUUUAAUUUAUUUAGAUUUAGUCAAAAUGGAACAGAUAGAAUGGGAAUGUUUAGAAAAAGAACUGACAAAAGAGGAGAAAAUGGCAAUAAGACAAGAAGUCAUACAGAAAUGCCAGGAGGAAGCAAAACAACAGUCUGAAGACCGUCAAAUUAAGAAGAGUCAAUUGGAUAGGUUUACAGUACAACAGGCUAUGGAAAUAGAUAACAAGCAGCAUAAUAUAAUGGACUCCAGGCGUGAUAACGUCAGAAAAGAAGCAAUGGAAGCUCUUGAAGAAUGGCGAGUUAGCAACACACAUGAUGGAAAUAAAAAACAAGUUACUGACAAAUCAAAAAACGAAGGUUUCAAGGCAAAGUACAUAACGGGGCCACAACGCGAGCAAAAUGGCGUGGCAAUUACUGAACUACCUCCAUCUGAUGAUGAAUGGGAAAAAGAUGAUGCAAAGAAAGACAGCAUAAAAACUAGUGAAGCAAAAGAUAAUACUGACAAAAAAGUAAAUGCGCCAGUUAAGAAACCUCCGGUUAGGAAGCCUGUUAAAACACCUGUUAAAUCAGAAUAUGUUGAAAGGAAGAAAGAGCAGGUAGCUAAGAGGGUUUUGCCGAGGCUCAGGCAAACUACGAAUUUAGAAAUAACACACACGCCACGGUCAUUUCCGACGCCCAGUAGAGAGUCCCAGGCGGAAGAAGAGCAAGCUUGGUUGAAGAAUAUUACAUUGGCGAGAAGAGCCACUGGCUUCGUAUCGGAGGACUUGCGUCCUGAGGAGCAGGAUCCCCAGUGGUGCAAGGCCAAAGGCGACGAGUUCUUCAGAAACGGAAACUUCCUCGGAGCCGUUAGUGCUUACAGUCACGGCAUCACGUUAUCCGAUAAGUUUCCAAGCCUCUACGCUAAUAGAUCUGCUACGCAUUUUGCACUCGGAAAUUUUAAUAAGUGUAUUCAGGACUGCUCCACUGCUCUGGACCUGAUGAAACCGGCGUGUGAGAGCAACCGUCGCAGCCGAGCCAAGUGUAUCGCUAGACGUGCGGCUGCCCUUGCAAGGAUAGGUCGCCUCAAUAAGGCUAUAGAUGAAAUGAAAGCAGCUGGCAAACUAUUACCCGAGGACGAGAGCAUCAAGAAGGAUAUUUACGACAUGGAGAGGGCUUGGGAACAAAAUCCAGAUUCUGAUUAA